UUCAUUGUUUUGUAGUUUUUUUGCCGGCAUUCUUGUUCAUUAAUCAUAAUCAUUAAUUUAUUAGUUUAUUGUUCAUAUUUUGUAUUUUUUAUACCUACAACAUUGUAAACACAGCACAUGCACGUUCGUGCACAUUCCCCCAGAUUAAUUAUUUAUCUGUGAUUGUAAUUACUGUAGGAAUUGGGAAUGUUAAGGUGGAAAAGUGAAGAACAUUCAAAGCAGUUAAAAUAAUAAUUAUUGUUUAUAUUUUACACAAUACACAAUAUUAUGUAAAACGGAUCAUCAUCUUGGAUUUCAAAUAAACACUGUAUUGUACUGGGACCACUACCACAUGUUUUAUUACCAUUGAAUCAAUGUACUAAAUGAUUUUGUAAAUUUCCAAUAUAUUCAUUCAGUUUAUAUGUCAGCUAUGGAUUUUAAAGUUGAAAUUAAGGAUGAGCCUGUCGAAUAUAUCCAAAAGGAUACAGAGAGCCAGCUAUCCACAUCCAUAGAUCUGGAAAACUUCAAAAAUGAAAAAGAAGAUAAAUCAGAAAUGGGACUAAAAGCUGAAAUCAAGGAAGAGUUUUCAGACGGUUAUCAGAUAGAUGAUCAGCUAUUUACAUCCCCAGAUCUUAAAGACUUGGUUAAAGCCGAUGAAAAUAACUCAGGAUUUUCUCAGAACGGAAUGGAAAUCGUGAAAACUGAACUUACAUGCACUACAGAACAACAAAUAAGUGCAAACACUGAAGAAACAACAUCAAGAAAUUCUAUUUGUGAAUGUAAAAUUUGUUUUAAGCAAUUUAGUCAGGCAGGUUCUUUGAAACAACAUAUAAAAACGCACAAUGCAGAAAAGCGUUACAAGUGUGAAAUUUGUUUAAAGCAGUUUUCUCAAAAACAAAAUUUAAAGAUUCAUUUAAGAUUGCACACUGGGGAAACGCCCUAUAAGUGUGAAAUUUGUUUUAAACAAUUCACUCGAGCAGAUGUUUUGAAAAGUCAUUUGAGAGUGCACACUGGGGAAACGCCUUAUAAGUGCAAAAUUUGUUUGAAACAGUUUAGUGAAGCAGUUACUUUGAAACGGCACAUAAGAUUGCACACUGGAGAAAACCUUUAUAAGUGUGAAAUUUGUUUUAAGCAGUUUACUCAAACGAGUCAUUUGAACAGACAUAUACAAGUUCACACUGGAGAAAAGCCUCAUAAGUGUGAAAUUUGUUCUAAGCAGUUUUCUGAGAAACAUCUUUUAAAGGAUCAUUUAAGAUUGCACACUGAAGAAACACCUUAUAAGUGUGAAACUUGUUUUAAACAAUUUAGCGAUUCACGUACUUUGAAAUAUCAUUUGAGACGACACACUGGUGAAAAACCUUAUAAGUGUGAAAUUUGUUUUAAACAAUUUAUCAAAAAUGAACAUUUAAAAAUGCAUUUAAGAUUUCACACUGGAGAAAAGCCUUACAAGUGUGAAAUGUGUUUUAAACAAUUUAAACAAAGAAGUCAUUUGAAAAACCAUACGAAACUUCACACUGGAGUAGUGGAUACGCCUUAUAAGUGUGAAAUUUGUUUUAAGCAGUUUACUCAAUCAAAUAAUUUAAGCAGGCAUAUAAAAGUUCACACUGGAGAAAAGCCUUACAAGUGUGAAAUUUGUUUUAAGCGGGUUGUUACAAAAGGUCAAUUAAAAUGUCAUUUGAGAGUGCACACUGGAGAAAAACCUCACAAGUGUGAAAUUUGUUUUAAGCAGUUUAGUCAUGCACAUAGUUUGCAAGGUCAUUUGAGAGUGCAUACUGGAGAAAAACCUUAUAAGUGUGAAAUCUGUUUAAAACAGUUUACUCAGAAACAUCAUUUAAACGAUCAUUUACGAUUGCACACUGGAGAAACGCCUUAUAAGUGUGAAGUUUGCUUUAAACAGUACACUUGUAAAAAUUCUUUGAAUGUACAUACAAGAUUUCACACUAAAGAAAAGCCUUACAAGUGUGAAAUUUGUUGUAAGCAGUUUAAACAAGCACGUAGUUUAAAAGCACAUUUGAGAGUACACACUGGAGAAGAACUUCACAAGUGUGAAAUUUGUUUAAAGCAAUUUGUUGGAGCACACGAGUUGAAACGUCAUUUGAGAGUGCAUACUGGAGAAAAGCCUUAUAAGUGUGGAAUUUGUUUUAAACAGUUUAGUCAUGCACAUAAUUUGAAAAGUCAUUUGAGAGUGCACACUGGAGAAAAACUUUAGUGUGGAAUUUGUUUUAAACUGUUUAGUCAAGCAAGUAGUUUGAACAGACAUAAAAGUUAACACUGGAGACAAGCAGUGGCGGCCGGUGAGUUAGUGCCAUAGGACCAUGGCACGAGUACCUUAUUGAAGUUAUACUUCUUUAGGCGCGAUUGGGGGUGAAUGUAAAUGCAAAGAAUAUAAUGCUUCUAGAAGAAGCUUUUAUAUGAAACAGAUGGUCACGUUUAUAAGCAGGCUUGUUGACGAGGGAUGUUGCGGCCGCAGUGCGGCCGGUAAUGAAAUCGGUUAAGCUGUCGUAGUCGUUGUCAGGUCUAUGCACCUCCAUGGCAUCUACUCAGUUGGAACGCAAAAUCCUAUGCUAAAACGGUACUGUGCCGUACGUUUCUAUUCGUAUAUUCGUUGGUAAAUAUGCGAGAAUUGAUUAAAAUUGUUGGUGCCACGCGCAGAUACAUUACACGUUAGCUCCGAUUGGGUAUUCCAAUGACAUGUCAAAAAUUAUCCAAUAUGGCGGCUGCGGUUAAAGAAUGUGUUGUAAUUUUUAUUAUUAUGGUUAUAGUUGUUAAGUUAUGUUUUAAAAGUUGCGAGAACAGAGACAAAAGUGAGUUUAUAUUACUUAUUAA